AUGCCUACGGGAGUUGUUCCACGAGAGACGAAGAAGAAGGGCGUUGACGAUGUGCUUGAUUGGCUGAGACCAGAGGAAGAACUGGAUGAACCCACUCUUGAAGCCCUCUCAGAUUUGACAGGAGUCCCUAUGCCCAAGAAGAAGACCCCUCAGACAAAGAAGGAAUUCUUGGAGGACACAGUCGAUUGGCUACGCAAGAAUGAACCAAACCCCUCGAAACUUGAUGAGCCAGCCCUGGACAGUUUGUUGCAGGUACCAGGCGCCCCUCUUCCAGCAGGAGUUGUUCCCCGUGAGACAAAGAAGAAGGUUGUAGAUGAUGUGGUUGAUUGGCUGAGGAAGAAUGGUGGUCCAGAUGAAGAGGUUGAUGAACCCACCCUUGAAGCCCUGUCCGAUUUGACUGGUGUUCCUAUGCCGAAGAAGAACACACCCAAGAUGAAGAAGGAGUUUAUGGAGGAUGUUGUCGAUUGGUUGCGCAAAAACGAGCCAGACACGUCCAAGCUUGAUGAACCCACACUCGAUAGCAUCAUGAAUUUGCCUGGCUCGCCUCUUCCUCCUGGUCUGGUGGCUAAGAAGCCCAAGAGUAAGGUUGUUGAAGAUGUGCUAGAUUGGCUUAGACAUAACGGUCCACCUGGGGAUGAACUGGAUGAACCAACUGUGGAGGCACUUGCCAAUCUUGCAGGUGUCCCUGUGAAAAAGUCAAUGAUUCCAGCUGAAAAGCAAAAGUUCGUUGAAGAUGCAGUCGACUGGGUGAGGAAAAAUAAGCCAGACCUUGGAGACAUUGACGAACCAACAUUAGAGCAAAUUAUGAAGGUUCCACAGUCUCUACUGCCGGAAGGAACUGUUCCCAAGACUAUGAAACAGAAUGUUGCAAAUGAUGUCAUUGACUGGUUAAGAAAGAAUGGCCCCCCUUCAGAUGUCAUAGAUGAACCCUCUAUUGAAGCACUUUCCAAUGUUACUGGGGUCCCGAUUCCGAAGAGGAGAAGUCCUAAGGAUAAAAAGAGGUUCAUGGAGGAUUCGGUAGACUGGCUACGCAAGAAUGAACCCAGCACAUCCAAUUUUGAUGAGCCAACCUUGGAUGGACUGAUCCACAUUCCAGGUGCACCGUUGCCACCUCAAAUUCUCCCCAGGGACGUUAAGAAGGAUGCUGCUGAUGAUGUUGUUGAUUGGUUGCGAAAGAAUGGUCCUCCAGAGCAGGUACCCGAUGAGCCCAUUCUUGAGGCGCUUUCAGAUCUGACUGGCAUUCCAAUGCCAAAAAAGAAAACACCCAAGGAAAAGAAGAAAUUCAUGGAGGACACAGUAGAUUGGUUGCGUAAGAAUGAGCCUGAUCUAUCUGUGUUGGAAGAACCAACACUUGAGGCAAUUAUGCAAGUACCAGGAGCAACCUUACCUGCUGGAGUAACUCCAAGAGACACCAAGAAGAAGGCAGUUGAAGACAUUCUUGACUGGAUGAGAACAAAUCCUCCUUCUGCUGAGCAAGUUGAUGAACCAAUUUUGGAGACCCUGUCAAAUGUAUCAGGAAUCCCCCUCCCAGGUCAAAUGAACCCGUCAGACAAGAAAAAGUUUGUUGAGGAAUCUGUGGAUUGGAUACGAAAGAACAAACCAGACCUCUCAAAACUUGAUGGCCCAACUCUUGAUAGUCUCAUGCAGGUGCCUGGAGCGGAACUACCACGAGGCAUCGUGCCAAGGGAUGCAAAGAAGAAGCAAGUAGAAGAUGUCGUGGAUUGGCUGAGAAAGAAUGGGCCUCCGAUGGACGAUACCGACAUGCCAACACUUGAAGCUUUCUCUAAGCUCACAGAUUUGCCCUUGCCAGAGAGAAUGACACCAGAGGAGAAGAAGAAGUAUAAGCAAGACACAGUUGAUUGGCUGCGGAAGAAUGAGCCUGAUAUAUCAAAAUUGGAUGAACCUACACUGGACAUUCUCACUGAUGUACCAACUAAGCCAUUGCCCUCACCUGUUCUACCCAAAGACGCCAAAGUGAAGGCAGCAGAAGAUGUUGUGGAUUGGCUGAGGAAGAACGGGCCACCGUCUGACGAUGUGGAUGAACCCAUCAUUGAAGCUCUUUCCGACCUGACAGGUGUUCCACUACCAAAGAAGAAGACCCCCAAGGACAAGAAGAAGUUCAUGGAGGAUACCAUAGACUGGCUGCGAAAGAACAAACCUGAUGUUGCCGAAAUGGAUGAGCCCCAUCUUGACAGUCUGAUGCAUGUACCAGGUGCACCGUUGCCCCCUGGAGUAGUGCCCAGAGAAACAAAGAAGAAGGGUGUUGCUGAUGUGGUUGACUGGCUCAGGAAGAAUGGUCCACCUCGUGAGGAGCUGGACGAGCCUGUGUUGCAAGGGCUGUCCAAUGUAACCGGAGUGCCGCUUCCAAGCAGAAUGACACCAAAGGAGAAAAAGAAGUUCACCGAGGACACAGUUGAUUGGUUACGCAAGAAUGAGCCCAAUCUCUCUGAGAUGGAUGAACCAACUCUUGAAAGUGCUAUGCAGGUCCCUGGAGCACCCCUGCCGCCUGGAGUCGUGGCCAGAGAAGACAAGAAAGCUGCAGUGGAAGAUGUUGUGGAUUGGCUUCGGAAGAAUGGUCCUCCAAAGGAUGAGGUUGAAGAACCAACCAUUGACGCACUAUCAAACCUCACUGGCAUUCCUGUGCCCAAGAAGAUGACACCAAAUGAGAAGAAGAAAUAUGUUGAAGAUAGCGUUGACUGGAUGAGGAAGAAUGAACCAGAUCUCUCCAAGCUUGAUGAGCCCACAUUGGAUAGCCUUAUGCAGAUUCCAGGGGCACCUUCAUUGCCAGUCCUCCCACGAGAGGCCAAGAAAAAGGCUGUCCAGGAUGUUGUUGACUGGCUGAGAAAGAAUGAGCCUAAACCAGAAGAUCUUGAUGUGCCAAUUGCUGAGGCAUUGUCUAACCUAACAGGAGUGCCUUUGCCCAAGAAGAUGACUCCCAAUGAGAAAAAGAAGUUUGUGGAGGAUACAGUAGACUGGGUACGAAAGAAUGAACCAGACGUUGAAGAUUUGGAUGAACCUACUCUUGAUAAUCUCCUGCAAGUGCCGGGUGCUCCGUUGCCUCCAGGAGUUGUCCCCAGAGAAACCAAGAAGGCGGCAGUUGAUGAUGUUGUUGAUUGGCUCAGGAAGAAUGGCCCACCAAAAGAUGAUCUGAGUGAGCCUGAAGUGGAGGCUCUUGCGAACUUGACAGGGGUUCCAAUGCCAAAGAAGAUGACACCAAAAGAGAAAAAGAGAGUGGUUGAGGACUCUGUAGAUUGGUUGCGCAAGAAUGAGCCAGAUGUUGCAAAUCUUGACGAGCCAUCACUGGAUGCAAUGCUGCAAAUUCCAGGCUCGCCAAACCUUCCGUCUACUCCAUCAAAAGAGAGCAAGAAGAAAGCUGUAGAAGAUGUAGUUGAUUGGCUAAGGAAGAAUGGAACUCCUGGUGAAGAAUUAGACAAACCAGCACUUGAAGCAUUAUCCAAUCUUACUGGCAUACCCAUGCCUAAGAGGAAGACGCCAGAUGAAAAGAGGAGAUUUGUUGAUGACAAUGUCGAAUGGCUUCGAAAGAAUAAACCUGAAGUCUCAGAGCUGGAUGAACCAACACUUGACGGCCUAUUGCAAUUGCCAGGUGCGCCGGUGCCUCCCGGUGUUCUUCCCAGGGAUGAAAAGAAGAAGGCUGUGGAAGAUGUCAUGGACUGGCUCAGGAAAAACGGUCCACCACCAACAGAUCUGGAUGAACCUGUUGUGGAAGCUCUAGCAAACCUUACUGGAGUGCCCUUGCCCAAGAAGACAACUCCUGCUGAGAGGCAGAAGUUUGUUGACGAUGCAGUGGACUGGAUACGAAAGGGGAAGCCUGAUGUGUCCAAAUUGGAUGAGCCAUCACUUGAUCGACUGAUGCAAAUGCCUGGGGCUCCGUUGCCACCGGAAGCCCUGCCGCGGAAGACGAAAGAAGUAGCAGCUCAGGAUGUUGUUGAUUGGCUUCGCACAAAUGGCCCCCCAUCAGGUGAUCUGGAGGAACCAUCUCUGGAAGCUCUUUCCAAUGUCACAGGUGUCCCCCUCCCAAAAAGGGCAACUCCAGAGGAUAAGAAGAAGUUUGUUGAGGAUUCCGUUGACUGGCUCCGAAAGAACACACCAGAUACGUCCAAGCUUGAUGAACCUGCACUUGAAAGUCUUCUGCAGGUGCCAGGGGCCCCAACACUGGCUGCAGUUGUUCCUCGGGAUACAAAGAAGAAGGGUGUUGAUGAUGUUGUGGACUGGCUUAGGAAGAAUGGUCCGCCAGAGGAUGUUCCAGACGAGCCCACCCUUGAAGCUCUCUCGGACUUGACAGGUGUCCCCAUGCCCAAGAAGAAGACCCCUCACACAAAGAAGAAGUUCAUGGACGAGAUUGUUGAUUGGUUGCGCAAGAAUGAACCUGAUGUCUCUGGACUUGAUGAACCAACUCUGGACAGUAUAAUGCAGGUCCCAGGAGCACCAAUGCCUUCAGGAGUUGUACCUCGAGAUUCGAAAAAGAAAGGUGUUGAUGAUGUUGUUGACUGGCUCAGGAAGAAUGGCCCUCCAGAGGACGUUCCCGAUGAACCCACACUUGAAGCCCUCUCAGAUUUGACGGGUGUUCCUGUGCCAAAAAAGAAGACACCCAAAGAUAAGAAGAAGUUCAUGGAGGACACGGUAGACUGGCUCAGAAAAAAUUCGCCAAAUACCUCCAAACUUGAUGAGCCCACUCUGGACAGUCUGUUGCAGGUUCCUGGUGCGCCAAUGCCCCCCGGGGUCAUGCCACGGGACAAGAAGAAGGAGUUCGUAAAGGAUGUUAUUGAUUGGCUCAGGAAGAAUGGUCCCCCAGAGGACUUACCAGAUGAACCUACCCUUGAUGCACUCUCUGAUGUAUCGGGUGUUCCAAUGCCUAAAAGCAGGACACCUGAAGAUAAAAAGAAAUUUGUAAAGGAUGUGGUUGACUGGGUGCGCCAAGGAGGCCCUGGUUUGUCCAGGCUCGACGAACCAACUCUGGACAGUAUCAUGCAGGUGCCAGGAGCUCCAAUGCCUUCAGGGGUAGUACCUCGGGAUACAAAGAAGAAAGGUGUUGAUGAUGUUGUGGACUGGCUCAGGAAGAAUGGUCCUCCAGAGGAUGCUCCUGAUGAACCCACUCUUGAAGCCCUCUCAGAUUUGACUGGUGUUCCCAUCCCAAAAAGGAAGACACCAAAAGAAAAGAAGAAUUUCAUGGAGGACACUGUUGACUGGCUGCGCAAGAAUGAACCGGAUACAUCCAAGCUUGAUGAACCUACUCUUGAUAGUCUUUUGCAGGUGCCAGGUGCCCCAAUGCCUUCUGGAGUGGUGCCUCGUGAUGUGAAGAAAAGGGGUGUUGAUGAUGUUGUGGACUGGCUGAGGAAGAAUGGGCCUCCAGAGGAGGUACCUAGAGAUAAUGGAUCGCCUGAACAUGAAGUGGAUGAACCCACUCUUCAAGCACUGUCCAAUCUCACUGGUGUUCCAAUGCCGAAAAGGAAGACUCCGAAAGAAAAGAAGAAGUUCAUUGAGGACACAGUUGAUUGGCUACGCAAGAAUGAACCUGAUACCUCAAAACUUGAUGAGCCUACACUUGACAGCCUUCUCCAAGUACCAGGAGCUCCUAUGCCUUCAGGAGUUGUUCCUCGGAAACAAAGAAAAGGUGUCAAAGAUGUGGUGGACUGGCUCAGGAGAAUGCCCCCCUGA